UCAUCCGUCGGCACUCGAAAUUUGGCCGCUUUGACAAUAUGGAAGUUCUUUAUGAAUUGUGACGCACAUUUCCUUCAUUUCUCCACGGUAUGGUGAACUGGGUAGAGUACGGCCGAAAGCGAGGUUAACCUAGAAAUUUGUUCAAUUUCUUUUUUAGGUUUUGUUAACGUAUAUUCAGGUUUCAAUCGAUCAAUAUUUAGAUUUAUUUGUUACUUAAUGAAAUAUUUUACAAAUAUGAACUGUUAAUUAAAAACUCCAAUGAAUCAUCAUUGGAGGAAAGACUAUUUGGGAGGAAAGAGCAAAAUUACCUUCUUCAAUUGAUUGGUCAUAUUGUUCAACAUACAACAUGUAUGGCUAUGGCUUGUUAGAUUUUUUCACAAACUAUUGAGUGAUAGUUGCUAAAUAAGAAUUUUUGUAAAUUUUGUGCUUCAACAAUUUCUAAAUAAGACUCCAUAAUGAGUACUAUCUUAGAAAAAAUAGCAGCUAUCGAGGCUGAGAUGGCCAGGACCCAAAAGAAUAAGGCGACUUCUGGUCAUUUAGGGUUACUCAAAGCUAAACUUGCAAAGUUGCGAAGAGAACUCAUCACUCCUAAAGGAGGAGGUAGCAGUGGAGAGCAAGGUUUUGAAGUUGCCAAAACUGGUGAUGCUCGAAUAGGAUUUGUAGGUUUUCCGUCGGUUGGAAAGUCUACAUUACUCAGCACAUUAGCUGGAGUUUACUCGGAAGUUGCUGCUUAUGAAUUUACUACACUUACUACAGUUCCUGGAUGUAUUAAAUACAAGGGAGCAAAGAUUCAACUUCUGGAUCUUCCAGGUAUCAUUGAAGGUGCAAAGGAUGGCAAAGGACGUGGUCGACAAGUGAUAGCUGUAGCUAGAACUUGCAGUUUAAUUUUCAUUGUCCUAGAUUGUUUAAAACCACUUGGACAUAAGAGGUUGAUAGAGCAUGAAUUGGAGGGAUUUGGUAUUAGAUUAAACAAACAGCCACCGAAUAUUAACUUUAGGAAAAAAGAUAAAGGUGGUAUAAAUUUACAAACUACGUGUACGCAGUCGGAGCUUGAUCUAGAUACUGUUAGAACUAUUUUAUCAGAAUAUAAAAUACACAAUGCUGAUAUCACACUUAGAUAUGACGCAACAUCUGAUGAUUUAAUUGAUGUUAUCGAGGGUAAUCGUAUAUACAUACCUUGUAUUUAUUUAUUAAACAAAAUUGAUCAGAUAAGCAUAGAGGAGUUGGAUAUUAUUUAUAAAAUACCACAUUGUGUACCAAUAUCAGCCCAUCAUAAGUGGAACUUUGAUGAUUUAUUGGAAAAAAUGUGGGAAUAUUUACAACUUGUUAGGAUUUACACAAAACCAAAGGGCCAACUGCCAGAUUACAAUUCUCCAGUUGUUUUGAAUAAAGAUAGGCGUAGUGUUGAAGAUUUUUGCAACAAGCUUCAUAGAAGUAUUGCUAAAGAAUUCAAGUAUGCUCUUGUAUGGGGAGCUUCUGUAAAACAUCAACCGCAAAAAGUUGGUAAAGAUCACAUUUUGAAUGAUGAAGAUGUUGUACAAAUUGUAAAGAAAGUCUAAUUGAAUUAUGAACAGAUGUGAGUAGAUGUGAGUGUUAAACAUAGUUUCAAUUUUAAUCAGAUACAUUUUGUGACUAAAAAGGAUUUAAUAAAAUAGCUACUUCAAAAUCUUAUAUUUUCACUAAAUGUAAUGAUUAUUCAUGAACAAAAUAUUUCAAUAUUCCGUGCGGAAAGUACGUACUUUCCGCACGCUCGACCAGAAACGUGCGUUCAAAAACGAACUUUCGACACGUCGUAUCGAAAAAUACGGUAAGAUAAACGUUCGGGAAAGAGUUUCUCGUCUCGUGCCUUUCCACCCUCCCUUCGCUUCGGCGUAAACGCCACACGAGACAAUGACAAUAAUCUAUUUUCCCGCACUUGUAUCGUAAUGUACUAUUUGAAAAUACAAUUUACUAUGUAUGCAAAACAAACACAUGAAACAUAUAUUUGUAUUUUUUAAUUUUUAAAGUAAUUUUGUAACAUUUUUUCAUCUAAUGAUUUCCAUCUAACACUCAUUCAUUGCAAUGAAAAUGUCAUGUGGUUUGUAAAAAGGUUGU